AUGCUGGCUCGUGAUGAUCCUCAUAUUGAAAAGCUCAUCUCGCAGAUGACGCUUGAAGAGAAAGCAGGUCAGCUCACGAUUUUGGCUGACACAGUCCGGCCCUGCAAUCCGGAUAUCAAUCCGGAGGUCAAUCACCGGCAGGCUCAUGAAAUGGUGGAGCAAAUUCGCAAGAGCCGAGUGGGCUCUCUCUUUAACGGUGUCGGCGUCAAGGAGGGCCGAGAGGCACAACGCCUCGCGGUCGAGGAGACACGCCUGGGGAUCCCCCUCAUCUUUGGCAGCGACGUAAUUCAUGGCAUGUGGACGGUCUUUCCCAUCCCACUGGGCGAAGCGGCGAGCUUUGAUCCAGACUUGGCCGAGAAGACAGCGCGCGCGACGGCCUUGGAGACCACGGCAUCCGGCAUUCACUGGACUUUUGCGCCCAUGGUUGAUGUCGCCAGGGACCAGAGGUGGGGACGAGUCGCGGAAGGUUCUGGAGAAGAUGUCUUCCUGGGCAAACUUCUUGGAGUUGCACGAGUCAGAGGCUUCCAAGGCAAUGAUCUACGUGCUGAGGACAGCCUGCUGGCAACACCUAAGCACUUCGCUGCUUAUGGAGGGGUUUCGGGAGGCAUGGACUACAACUUCGUGGAGAUUUCUGAAGCGACCCUUCGUGAUGUGCAUCUUCCUGCUUUCAAGGCUUGCAUAGAUGCGGGUGCUUUGACGUUGAUGAGUGCCUUCAACGACAUUGCCGGCGUGCCAGCAUCAGGAAACCGGUGGCUAUGUACGCAGGUGUUGCGCAACGAGUGGGGGUUCAAAGGUUUCAUUGUGUCAGACUACACGGCCGACGAAGAGCUUAUUUGCCAUGGCUUUGCUGCGGAUGGGCGUGAUGCCGCUCGACUCGCGUUCAAAGCAGGUGUGGACAUGAGCAUGCAGAGCGGCUUGUAUGUGCAGCACAUGCAAGAUCUGGUCGCCAAAGGGGAUGUGUCCAUGGAGGAGGUUGAUGAAGGAGUUCGACGCAUUCUGAAGAUCAAAAAAGCGAUUGGCUUGUUUGAGAACCCGUACAAGUGCUUAUACCCAAAGCUUGAUGAGAAGUUAGACAAGCUGCGAGCAGAUCACGAGCCGCUGGCCAGAGAGGCUGGCCGCAAGUCCAUCGUGCUCCUCAAGAAUGACUCGAAAGUGCUACCUCUGAAGAAAUCUGGACAGAAGAUAGCUUUGAUUGGGCCCUUUGCGACGGAUGCGCAGAACCUUGAAGGUUGCUGGACAGUAUACGGCGACAAGAAGAGAGCAGUUCCGCUGGAUGUUGGCAUGCGCAAAGCCUUGUCCACGUCCGAUGACCUUGAGAUUGUGCCGGGCUGCGAAUUUGAGACUGCAUUAGACGGAGGAAUUGAUCAAGCUGUGGCGGCAGCAAAGAGGGCUGAGGUCGUUGUCCUCGCCGUCGGAGAGCCGGAGAAUUUCUCUGGUGAGUCGCAAUCCCGCACUCAGAUCAUCAUCCCGCCAGCGCAGCAGGCUUUGGCCGAAGCAGUGUCAGCAACAGGAACGCCUGUUGUGGUAUUGUUACGGACGGGAAGGGCGCUCGCACUCUAUGGAGCUGUCCGGGACGCAAAAGCGAUUCUAGUCACGUGGUUUCUGGGUACCCAGACUGGACCUGCGAUUGCAGACGUACUGUUCGGUGACUACAACCCUGCAGGUCACCUUCCGGUGAGCUUCCCUGCAGACUCGGGGCAGCAACCCUUGUUUUACAACGCUCCGCGGACCGGACGCCCACAAGGCGAUGGACCUCGCACUUUCAAAGCGAGUUGGAGGGAAGUGGCGAGCAAAGCCUUGUAUCCGUUUGGCUAUGGCCUGAGCUACACAGAGUUCUCCUUCACCAAGCCAAACCUCAGCACCAACAAGCUGGGCUGGGACCAAACCCUUCAGGUGACGGCACAGGUGAGCAACACUGGCGCGUUGGCUGGCGAGAAAGUGGCGCAGCUGUACGUGCACGACUGUGUUGCAAGUCGGGUGCGUCCGGUGCGAGAGCUGAAAGGUUUUCAGAAGGUGCUCUUGAAAGCUGGCGAGACAAAGACUCUCACGUUUCAGAUCUCAAGGCACGACCUGACAUUCCACGGGGCUGAUGGCAAGCUCGUAGCUGAACCUGGCGAGUUCCACGUUUGGAUUUCUGGCUGCUCAGCAUCCGGGGAACACGCGAAGUUUGAUUUGCUCGGACACAUCUGCAAGCUUGCUCUUUUGAGUGGUGCUGAGGGGCGGCCGCGCACUCUCGAAGGCAAGAAGACGCAGUCAUAUUUGGGAAGGGUGGCUGGUGCCACAACUGCGGUCUUGACCGAGGCUUCAGGCCUUCUGCUGGAAGAGAUUUCCGGUUGUCCUGUUGGUGUGCCGGAAGUACCGAGAAGCACCCAGAGGAAAGCCAGCUUCUCGCAGAAGGGUUCAUCAGCAGAGUUGAAGAGCUUCGCAGCCAAUGCGGGUCGCCCCCAGAGUGCUGCGCGAUCCAAGACGUUGAUGCUGAUGGACAGGCCUCUCAAGCGAGAGCGAAGGGGUCGAGCAGGGGAGUUUCGGCAGCGCUUGGAUGUACUGCUGGCUACCGACUCCAGUGCCCGGGCUGUUGCCGGUCAAAAGAUGGCGGAUGCUCGCCUGCAGUUUGGAAAGAUGGCCGCAACACUACUUGUUAUUCGCUUGCAACUUGGGCCAUCGCUUGAUUUCAGCCGACUGCAUCCAAUCGAGGAGAAGGAUCUGGUCCGAAAAGCCUGCCUGAAGCGGGGCGUCAGGCCUGACAGCAUUGUCUGCAAAGUGAACUUCGACGUGGAAAAGGCAAGGAAAGCCAACAAGGCAAGCGGAGCAAGAGGUACCGUUCGAUGUGGCUGUAUCUGGAGAGGCCAGCGUAAGGACGAGAUGCCGUAUCGAAACGACAGCAUGCCCAUAUUUGUCAGCAAAGGAAAAGGAGGUAUCGGCAAUGCACUCUCGCCCUUCAAUGUAAAGGUUCCUGGCAAGAUGAUCAGUUGGGCGACAGAGGAUGGUAAGCAGGGAGGGAAGCCACUGCCCAUGGACCAGCCCCUGGAACUCGUUUGGCAGGCAGCGAAAGUUGCUGAAGGAGAGGACUGGCCCUCCUACUUCGUGCGGCGCGCUGAAAUCUAUAAGAAAGGAAAGCCUCAGAGGCGAUAUUUGGAUCGGGAUGCAAAAAUCGCGGGCUCUUGCCUCGGUCUGGCUGAAACUGUUCCGUACGUGCCUUCUAGAGCCUUCUAUUGCACUGCCUACGAAAGAGCCCUCUCCAGCCUUGAAGAGUUCCAGCUUCUGGAAGACCUGGUUGCUGAAGGUUUCAACCUGCUGCUCCUCGGCCCGGAUGGGUUUCCGAUGUCCGAAGAGAGAGGUGCCAUCGCGAAGGCAUACAAAGAUGGAUCUCGGGCAUUUGGACACGAACGUGUCUUGGUCGCCAUGCUGCGGCAAGAGUUCCCAUGGCUUUAUGACCGCUUCGACGGGGACCUCAGCAAGCUUCCCGCCUUGCUGCAGCUUCUGGAAGACAGGUGGGAGUUCCCUGCGAGGGUUUUCCCGCUUCUAUGGACCCACAUACGACGGGCCUCUGGUCGUGCUGAAGAUCAUAGCAAGCCGCUGACAAAGGACGACUGGGAAAGCGAUGUGGCAGAGAAGAAGGCUGCCAUGAAGAAGCUGUACAUUUCAGCGUUCCUAAGCGUGGCACAGACGGUCAUCACCAUUCAGUCGGAGCCACUGCUCGUCAAGGAGCUCGCGGGUGGCGACAUAGGGCUCACUGCCAAGCUGCUUGCCAACACGCAAGGCUUCGUUGGUGUGCUGGGCAUCAUUGUCAACCAGAUUGGUGGCAAAUUCUCAGAUGCUCUGGGAAGAAAGCAAUUUCUCGCUCUGGGGCCUUUGGCAAACGUUCUGUUUGGCUUGAUGAUAUUUCGAAACUCCCAGAAGCGCAGGAUAGUCUUGCCAGUACGAGUUCUGAGAGCAAUCCUGACCACAUUCUCCAGCACGGUGAUGCUGACAGCGGCGCUGUCAGACGUGGCCCAGGGCGCCGAGCUGGGUGCUGCCUUGAGCAAGAUGGGGGCUGCUGUCGGUGCGGGCAUAGUCAUUACGCCGUUUGUGGAGGCUCUCUUCUUGCAGAGAUCAAAGAGCCCGCGAACCGCGUACUUGGCGUUGUCCGCACUAGGAUGCGUGCAUGCGGCAUUCGUGGGGUUUUCGGUGCCGGAAACGCUUCGACGUGCACAGAGGAAAACCCUGGCAUCUGCCAUGCAGCUGUCUUCUAUCAAUCCGUUUGGCUUCUUGAACAUCUUCCGCAGGGGAUCUGUCGGCCUGCAGAAGAUGAUUUGUAUUCAAACCUUGCAGAUGUUCUUAGAGGGGAAGAACUUGAGCGACCUGGUGGAGCUCUGGAAAAGGGAACAUCUUAAGUGGACCGUGGAGGGAAGCCGCAACUUUGUGAUGAUCUAUGGCAUGCUAAGCAUCCUUUCGGGUAUUUAUGUGACUCCCUACUUCCUCAAAAACCUCAGUGCCCGCGGCUUCACAUCUGCAACGAAUAUGCUGAAUCUUUCGGGAUUCCUGCUACGCGGUGCCAAAGAGCAAUCCUGGAUCUUCCUGCUGGCGAUCAUUCCGAUGCUUCCAGGCGUCAACGGCGCUAGUGCCACCGCCCUGAAGUCCAUCAGUGCCGACCUGGCCACGUCUGAAGGCUUCGGCAAAGGUGAGUUUUCCGCCUGGACCAACAACCUGCGCGCCCUGGCUGGCGCGGUCGCAACAGUGUUCUACGGCAAUUAUUAUUCCUGGUGCAAGCGGACAGGAACUCCGGCAGGGACCACCUUUGCCCUUGCGGGUCUCAUCGGAGCAGCGCUGCCAGAGCUCCUCCUACGUCUCACAAGGGACAGCGAAAUCCAGAGAUCGAAGGAAGCUGCAGCUUUCGACAACUGGCUGCAAGCGCUGAGAACCCGCUGUGGCUACUCCAAGAACGCUUUUUUUGCAGCAGCUUCUGCCAACAUGCUGAUGAUGCACCAGGAAUCGAUCUACAACAUCAUCCCACCAAAACAGGUUGCACAGGACCGCCCGCCGAUGUACAAGUCGAAGCAUUCUUCCGAACUUCCUCCGACGGCUUCCACCUUUGCAGCAAAGGGAACGACUUGUCCAAAUGUAGCCAACAUUGGUGGUGGACUGGACAAGAAGCCAGUUGCGGAUAAGUCCCACUCGUCGUUCGGGAAGCCCAAAGGUCAAUACUGUGAUGAUCCGGGAAACUUUUUGAGAAAGAGCGAGAAGACGGGGGGCAAGGUACUUUCGUUGAAAGAAAUGAAGAAAGAGCAUCCCGAAGCCUUGCUUCCGAAGCAGCUGAAAGAGCAAACACGUGGAGGAGUUCCAAAAGCCUCCGAACAGCCAGUAAUGAAUCUGGUUACCAGCAAGAACUUCGUCGUAGCGAAUGCCGUGGAGGUGAUCCUGGCAGCUCCGAAGAAGGUGCCGGAGGGCACGAAGGAUUAUCUCAAGAAGGAGGAUUAUGGAAAGGUGCCGAAGUACUUGCAGAACAUCAAGCAGGAUAUCGAGGCAGAGUAUCAGUACAUCAGGGCUCUGCAAGAGCAGCAGGAGCAGGCGGAGGCUGAGCGAGUUCGGCCGAUGACAGAGGACGAGCGCCAAAGCCUUCUGGAGGGACUGAAAGCCAAGUGGGAGCAGGUAAACACAGCAUAUCAAGGCGGUACGCACGUGACCAACUUGGAUACGAUGGGAAAGCUGAAGCGAAAGGAGAAACACGAGGCUGAACUGUCCCAGCUCGAAAAGGACAUUGAAAAGCUCAGCAAGAGGAGCAUCCACAUCAAUUCAGAAGCUUGCCUGCACCGUGAGCCCAGAAAGCAUGUGACCGGGUGGACUUGUGUGUGCAUUUCUUCGGCUCCUUGA